CCUCAACUCCCCAAACCCUUACAGCACCACCAGCAACAACCACCCCCAAUAACCACUACUACCAGAACUCCAGCAUCUCGCCGCGCCCGCCGCCAUGAUCCGCCAAGACUUCUCCCGCGUCGACCCCAAGCGCCGGCCCGCCCUCGACUGGAAAAAGCGGCAGUUCGCCGCCCCGGGCUUCGCGGCGCAGGACUACGCGCACCGCCUGAACUUCUACACGGUGCCGCCCACGGCCGAGAUCACGCUCGAGGAGUUCGAGGUGUGGGCGAUUGCGCGGCUGAAGGUGCUGUCGGAGCUCGAAGCGUGCGCGUUCCGCAACCGCAGCGCCGACGAAACGGCGGCGUACAUGGGCGCGAUACUCGAGAAGCACAUGCCGCUGCACGCGAACUCGAGCCGCGGGGGGACGCUGCAGGAGGAGCGGCGGAAGGACCAUUACUCGCAUUUUAUACUCAGGUUGGCGUUUGCGGCGACGGAGGAGUUGAGGCGCCGGUUUGCGAGGUUGGAGACGAUGCUGUUUCGGUUAAGGUUUAAGGAUGAUGAUCUAAAGGAGAGGCAGGGGUUUGUGGAUAGCUUGGGGCUGGAGUGGGAGCGGGUGGAGGAGGGCGAGCGGAGGGAGCUGGGGGCGGAGUUGGCGGCGGCGAGCGGGCUGAAGAGGGUGGAGGAGCAGGGGUGGUUCAAGGUGGAUUGGGAGCGCGUGCCAGAGUUGGUGGAGCAGCGGAGGGUGUUUUUGAGGAGGGGGAAGGCGUAUGUGCCCGCGCGGGAGCAGUUGAGUCUUGUGGUGGCUGAGUUUACGAGGCGGUUGGAUGAGGCGCUUGAGCUCACCGCGCGCGCCCUCCCCCGCCUUGACGAGGACGACCGCCUCGCGCCCAUCCUCGCCCACCUCUCCCAAUCCUUCACGGCCCCCGACGCCGCCUACAGCUCCUCCGACGCCGUCGACGGCCUCUCCACCCCGACGGCCGCCUCCAUCGACACCCUCGCCCAGCACUUCCCCCUCUGCAUGCAGAACCUCCACCAAACCUUGCGCGCAAACUCGCACCUCAAGCACUACGGCCGCCUGCAGUACACCCUCUUCCUCAAGGGCAUCGGGCUGAGCCUCGACGAGUGCAUCCUGUUCUGGCGCCGCAGCUUCAAGCUCCUCACCGACGAGAAGUUCGCGAAAGAGUACAAGUACAACAUCCGCCAUGUGUACGGCGACGUUGGGGGGGACGCCAACCGCCGCGGUCGGGGGUACACGCCCUACUCGUGCCAGAAGAUCCUGACGGAAGCGCUGCCGGGGCCCGGGCAGUCGCACGGGUGUCCGUACCGCACGUUCGGCGUCGACAACUUGGUGGCGUUGCUGCAGAGGACGGGCGUGAAUGAGCGCGAGGUGCUGGGGCUCGUGCGCGAGGAUGUGAAGAAGCAGAGGUACCAUAUUGCGUGUAAUCGCGUGUUUGAGUGGGCGCAUAGGCGUGAGAUUAGGAAGGUGAAGGAGGAGGGGAGCUGGGGCGCGGCGGAGCUGGAUACGAUUCUGCAUCCGAAUACGUAUUUUAAGAGGGGGUGGAUGUUGAAGCAUUUGGGGGAGGGGAAUGUGGGGGUGGUUGGGGGUGAUGGGGAGAGGAUGGAGGAGUAG